GUUAUCUCUUCCAAGUACCAACGAUCUCACCUCUCUCGAUUAGCCUCUCUAAACCCUAAACCUCUGAAGCUCCCUAGAACUAACGAAGAUGCUUCUAAACACAUCUAUUCAGACUUCAUCUCCUCUACAGCAUCUCCCCCUCUCAUCACUGUUCUUUCAUUCUCCAACUACAAUAGGGUUUCGUCACCCUAUCGGUAUUCGAGCUGGCAUAGGCCGGACGAAUUCGAUUAAGUGUUCGAUUUCGCAAGUUCAUAGCUACGGUACUCUAGAUUAUGAGCGAAGGCCUCCAUUGAAAUGGAGUUCUCUCUAUAGGAGAAUCUCGUUUAUGGAUAAUCCCGAGCUGGGUUCUUCCUCUGUUCUGAAUCAGUGGGAGGAGGAGGGAAGGAAACUUACGAAAUGGGAGCUUUGCCGGGUUGUCAAGGAAUUGAGGAAAUAUCGGCGGUAUAAGCUCGCCCUCGAGGUCUAUGAGUGGAUGUCUGAUCAAGGAGACAGGUUUAGAUUAUCCUCCAGUGACAGUGCAAUCCAGUUAGAUUUGAUCUCUAAAGUGCAUGGAAUUUCAACGGCUGAAGAUUAUUUCUCAGGUUUACCCAAGGCCUUAAAGGACAAACGUGCAUAUGGUGCUCUUCUUAAUGCCUAUGCCCAGGCUCAGAUGAGAGAAAAGGCAGAGUACAUGAUGGAGGAAAUGAAAAGCAGAGGUUACACUGUGCAUUCACUUCCUUUCAAUGUGAUGAUGACACUGUACAUGAACCUCAGAGAAUUUGAAAAAGUCAACUCAAUUAUCGCAGAGAUGGUGGAGAAGAAUGUUGCCUUAGAUCUAUAUUCUUACAAUAUUUUGUUAUCUUGUUGUGGAGCCAUGGGGUCCAUGGAGGAGAUGGAAGAAGUUUUCACUAGGAUGACUUUGGACGGCACCGUAAAUCCGAACUGGACUACAUAUAGCACAAUGGCUACAAUGUACAUGAAGAUGGGACAGUUUGAGAAGGCUGAAGACUGCUUGAAAAAGCUUGAGAGUAGAAUUACAGGUCGGGAUAGGAUACCUUUUCAUUAUCUUCUUAGCCUAUAUAGUAGCAUUGGCAAGAAGGAAGAGAUUUAUCGGGUAUGGGACAUCUAUAAAUCAAGCUUCCCCAGCAUUCAAAAUUUGGGCUACCAUGCAAUGAUCGCUUCUCUGAUAAGGCUAGAUGAUAUUCAAGGGGCAGAAACGAUAUACGAGGAAUGGUUGUUGGUUAAGACUUCCUGUGAUCCUAGAAUCUUCAAUCUUCUCAUGGGCUGGUAUAUUAAAGAAGGGUUAGUGGAUAAGGCUGAGAGCUUUCUCAAUCAAGUGAUUGAAGUGGGCAAGCCAAAUUCAAGCACGUGGGAGAUACUUGCAGAGGGCCAUAUUUCACAAAAUCGAAUUUCUGAAGCUUUAUCCUGUAUGAAAGAAGCUACAUCAGCUGAGGGAGCAAAGAACUGGCGACCAAAGCCCACAAAUGUAUCAGCCUUCUUUUCACUUUGUGAGGGGAAGGGUGACAUGACGAGUAGAGAAGGAUUGAUGGAUGUUCUGAGGCAAGUGGGUUGGCUUGAGGAUGAAGCUUACAUGUCCGAAGUUAACUCAUCUGACAGAGAAGGUGUUGCUCUUAAACUAUCAGUGGAGAACAGUAGAAUUGAUGCAAAUGAUGCUGAUCUGCUUCUCAACCGACUUCAGUAAAGCUUAUGAUACUUAUCGGUAGUACAGGUGCUGUUAUAUGUGACCAGCCUAGGAUUUUCCUUUUUCCCUAGUCUGCAGGGUUUUACUGGUCCGUGGGACACGAUGCCCAUGUUGAUUAGUUGAGUUCAUAAAAGAUUAAAGGAUCUUUGAAGUCCCCUAUAAGCUCUGUUAAACUGUCAAGGCAGUUAUUGCUCAAAGUAGGUCUAUGUACCGGGGACCUCUAACGUGGCACAUCAAUUUUCUUGGUGGUGCUUCAGCUUCAUUUUUCAAUGUUCAAGGUGGAUUUUCUGUUCGAUUGGUUGAAGACUCAUUUGUUCACAGAGGAGGCUCAGCAUUUGCCACUAUUUCCCAUGGCCUAGAUCCUGAAGCUGUUGCAUGAUUUUUAGUUCCAUGUUGUUGUAGAAGCUAAGGCUUUUCCUUUUAAUAGUAGAAAUCUUCAGUUGUUUUGUUACUUUUAAUGGAAGUCUGGAAGGAUGCACUAUGAAAUGUAGUUGCAAAUGCUGAAUGGAUUCUAAUGAAACUUCACCAAA